AUUCAUAGUCUGCUGAUGAAGCGCGCCAGUCUCUUCCUGCUUCCGUCUUCCUUCUUCUUCCGGCUCUUGAGUUACGUGAGGAAAAUUUGCAGAGCUGGUGGCGGUGGCGGUGGGUUUACGGGUGUCCGUGAUGCCCUGUGUUGCUUCGGUAUAAUGAUAAAGUCGAACCCUCUGCCUUCCCCCGGGGAUUUUAGUCUUGCUGUAGUGAGGAUGAAGCACUACUCCACUGCCAUCCGCUUGAUUGAACGGCUGCAUUUGUCAGGGAUUGAAGUUGAUCAUGUCUUGCUGACGAUUUCCCUGAAUUGCUUUUCCCGGUUAAGGCGGGUUGAUUUGGGUUUGUCUAUCCUAGGCAGAAUCUUGAAGCUUGGGUUUCCCAUCAAUGUCGUGACAUCGAGCACCCUGAUUGACGGUCUCUUUAUUCAGGGCAAAGCUGAUCAAGCACUGAGGUUCCUCGAUGAUAUGCAACGAAACGGCCCCGAACCUAAUGAGACCACGUAUGCGAUAGUCGCGAAGGGGUUGUGCAGGGCGGGUAACACCAGACUGGCGAUUGAAUUGCUAAGACUGGAAGAGAGAAGCUGCAGGCUUGAUUCCUUCACAUACAACAUAGUGAUUGAUAGUCUUUGCAAGGAGGGAUUGAUUGCAGAAGCGUUGAGACUCCAUGAAAGUAUGAGUAGGAAAGUGAUCAAACCAGAUGUUGUUACUUACAACUCCUUGAUUCAUGGUCUGUGCAAUGCAGGCCAGCUGGAAUAUGCUCUCGCAUUGUUGAAAGAGAUGACAAGCAGAGCAAUCCAACCCGAUUUACCCACUUAUAACUCCUUGGUUCAUUGCUUAUGCAACCUAGGCCAAUGGAAAGAUGCUACGGUCUUGUUGGAGAAGAUGACGAAGGCAGGAAUUGAACCGGACGUCGUUACUUAUACCUUGGUCAUUCAAGGAGUGUGCAACUCUGGCCAAUUGACAGAGGCUCAAAGACUGUUGAGUCAUAUGGUGCAAAGCAGAGUAAUGCCAAAUGUUAGAACCUUCACUGUCCUGGUGGAUGCAUAUUGUAAAGAGGGAAUGCUUGUAGAGGCUGAGGCCAUAGUCGACCAGAUGAUACAAUUAGGUCAAAUGCCUUCUAGUUUCAUUUAUAAUACAUUGAUGAAUGGUUAUUGUUUGCAUAAUAGAAUGGACAAUGCUAUGGAAGUACUUAAUUUGAUGGUUGAAAGAGGCUGCUCACCUGAUGUUGUUAGUUAUAGCACGUUGAUUAACGGAUACUGCAAAGUGAAAAGAGUUGACAAAUCAAAGAUGCUUUUCCAAGAAAUGCUUCAAAGGGGCCUGAUUCCUGAUGUCAUGACAUAUAGCACUCUAGUAUAUGGAUUUUGCCAGGUUGGGAACCUUGAAGCCGCGGAGGAGCUAAUUAACGAGAUGCAGUCUUGCAAUCUAUCACCAAAUCAUUAUACCUUGAGUGCUUUACUCGAUGGCUUGUGUAAAACGCAGCAGAUUGACAAGGCCAUGAUAUUGCUUCGAAAGAUGGAAGAUACCAAAUUCGCCCCAGACAUUGUGACUUACACUAUUCUAAUAAACGGCAUGUGUAAUGCUGGAAAGCUUGACGAUGCUAAGGGGCUGUUCAAUUGUUUGCAUGCUCAAGGGUUGCAACCUGAUGUGUGGACGUAUGGUAUUGUCAUGCAUGGGUUGUGCAAAGGGGGAUGCACGGAGGAAGCAUAUCAGCUUCUAAGGGAAAUGGAAAGAAAGGGAUGCCUUCCAAAUGGCAUCACUUAUAACACAAUCAUCCAAGGACUACUAAGAAAUAAAGAAAAUACGAGAGCAGCAGAACUUGUCAAUGAAAUGGUUGAAAGGGGUUUUUCUGCAGAUGUAGUAACUACAGAGUUGUGGGUUAAAUAUGUUGUGACAAAUGGAACUUCUUCCUUUAUGAAGGCAAGCAUGAUGACAGCAUUUGAUCAAAUUAAGUGAGACAGGCAAAUAAAGGGUAAUGUUGGGGACAGCAAAUACUUUUUGUGAGGAAGGCGAAUCCAAAGAUGAAACCGAUUGAGCUCAAGAUGCCUCCAAAGCAGACACAAACCAUCACGACGGUGACAUAUUGAAGGAGCAUGUCCUCUCACGAUUGCAGACACCUGGGAAUGCGUUCAAGUAAUGUCUAUUUUGUUUUUAAAGGUUUUCAGUGCUUGCCAAUUCCCAUCCUUUAUUCUUUGCCACUCUGCUGUAUAAUGCAUCAACACCUUUGCAUCUCUUAGAUGUUGUCAUUCCUGUUGAAAUCUUGGUGCGCUUAAUUUGCUGAUCAUUGUCUCAAUACAAUUCGGGAAGUUGCUUUAAGAGGAUGACUAGCAAAAGGCACAUGAAAAUAGUGCUGAGAUGGAUGAUAGAGAGACAAAAGGUGUGGCUCGUAUGCAACUAAGUUGGUCCAAAUAAGCAAUUUCUCUACACAACUUGGUUCACAAAAGUGUGACAACAAAUGGACAGAACAAUGAAUGCUGCUUCAAAACCUGAACGUCCAUGACUUGUUGCAGGUAGGCCUAUUGUAAAUGUAGAAAACACGCACAAAGAUGUGUCGCUUUGACUUUUGAGUCUUCACUGUAGAAG